UUGAGGGGUGCCCACGAACAACACCCAAACCUAAGCAUAUGUUAAUAUUAAGAAUAAUAUGUUAUCAUACAAUUGAAAACUAAACUCCUCGACUUCCAAAAUGGUCUUGUCUUCACCAUAAGACUAUUUCCUUUAGCUUCGAAGUUUCCGAAAUAUUUAUUUUCUAGCUUUAUUAACCUUUUUAGGCUUCUUCCCAUAAACAUCUUUCUCAAUUUAUUCUUUUGGGUAUUAUUUUAUUUUGGUUUCUUCUUCUUAAUAUUGGUAUUUGUUCCACUACAAAGAUGUCAUGGAAUUGUUGUUACUGCACUACUGUUGAUUCUGAUGUUGAAAAAGAAGAAUCAAAGACCAGGGAAAGCAGUAGUAUUAAUAGGGAUUACUCUUGGGAAAGAUACUCUCUCAAGGAGCUUGUACAUGCGACAAACAAUUUCCAUGAAAAUAACAAGAUCGGAGAAGGCGGUUUUGGAAGUGUUUUUCACGGUCAAACUAGUAAAGGGGUCGAGAUAGCAGUGAAAAGAUUAAAGACGAUGACAUCAAAGGCAGAGAUGGAAUUUGCAGUUGAAGUAGAAAUACUUGGGGGAGUGAGGCACAAAAAUUUGUUAGGACUGAGGGGAUACCAUGCUGGAGGAGAGGAAAGGCUUAUUGUGUUUGAUUAUAUGCCUAAUCAUAACUUGAUUACACAUUUGCACGGAAGCCUCGCCGGCGAUUGUCUUCUUGAUUGGUCUCGUAGAAUGAAUAUCAUCAUUGGUUCAGCCGAUGGUUUAGCGUACUUGCACCACGAGGUCAGCCCACACAUAAUUCACCGAGAUAUAAAAGCAAGCAAUGUGCUUUUAGACAAUGACUUCGAACCAAAAGUAGCUGACUUUGGUUUCGCAAAGCUAAUCCCUGAUGGUAUAACUCAUAUGACUACUAGAGUAAAAGGAACACUUGGUUAUUUAGCUCCCGAGUAUGCAAUGUGGGGUAAAGUCUCCGAGAGUUGUGAUGUUUACAGCUUCGGAAUCUUGCUCUUGGAAAUUGUAAGUGGCAAAAAACCCUUAGAGAAACUCUCCAAAGGAGUGAAGCGUGACAUUGUUCAAUGGGUUACACCUCAUCUCCAAAUGGGUGACUUUGAUCAUAUAGCUGAUCCAAGGUUGAAAGGAAAAUUCAACCUCGAUCAGCUUAAGUCUGUAGUUUUAGUCGCCAUAAAAUGCACAGAUAACAGCCCUGAUAAUCGACCAAGCAUGUUGAAAGUGGUGGAGUGGUUAAAGCGAAGUAGUACUCUUGUUUUGUUGAAAAAAACUAUCAAGGACAUAGAUGAUGACGGGUACGACGACCACGAAGAGACCGAUAAAACUGAUAUUGAUUAUGAAGGUUAUGGAAUCGAACUUUACGGUGCAAGAAUGACUAGGACUACUUCACAAAGGAAAUCGUCGUCGUCAUAAUUUAGAUUUUGAUUUUUUUUUAGUACUUCUUUCCUCUCUCUUUGCCUUGGUGAAACUAGAAUGUAAUGUUUUAGCCCUUGUUUAAUUUUAAGAUAUUAUUCAUUUUGAUGAUUUAAAUCAUCUUGUUCGGUUGAGAUUAAUACAAUCCAUAUGUAAAUGUAUUAAUCUCGGGACAUGGAUCCAAUUACACGAGUACUUUUUGUCUUGUUUUUCAA